AUGGACUGAAAUGGGGCUUCUCCAUUGGCUGAAUCAAAAAUAUUACAGAUAAAGAUAAAGGAGGAAGAACCGGACUCAGAAGAUCAUCAGAACCCAAUGAAAAGCUCAGCCGCUCCACUUACUGAUGGGGGUUAUUUACAGACAGUUCCCAAACGUGAAGUAGAAACUGAAGAGUCGGACAAUAAGGAUCAUCUGGUGUCAGUGAAGAGGGGAAUGGAUUCAUUGGCAGAUGAUUACUCAAGUGACACUGAAACACCCAAUAUCUCCCCAGCGUCAGACGUCAGUUAUGGGAACAAUGAGUUGGAUCAGGUCAAGAAUCCGCUGCACAGUUCUGGGAUAUUGCGGCAGCCGAAACAGCGCAAAUCACUGACUAACCCAGAGUUUGUGUCCGGCCCGAGAUAUGAGACCCGCGCAGCCAGCUCCAACUCCCAGGACUUUAUCUGCAAUACAUGUGGGAAAGGCUUUUCAGCGAGUCAGGACCUUCUCACCCACGUCUGUGCCCGGAUUUCCUAUGAGACUCUGCGCAACAAAGCCACAAAUCUGCAGAGGGAGAGUAAUAGUAACUAUGAUGUGACCCCCACAGGGGAAUUCCGCUGCAGGGAAUGCGACAAAAGCUUCUCCAAUAAGAUGGGAGUUAUUAAUCACGCAAGGGUUCACACAGGGGAGAAACCAUUCCCAUGCUCCGAAUGUGGCACAUGCUUCGCCCUGAAGUGCAACCUUCAAAAACACCUGAAAAUCCACAGCGGAGAGAAACCAUUCACCUGCUUAGAAUGCGGGAAGAGUUUCACCCAGAAGGCGGGACUUCAAGUUCACCAGAAAAUGCACGUGGUGGUGAAACCAUUCACCUGCACAGAAUGCGGGAAGAGUUUCACCCAGAAGACAGGACUUCAAGUUCACCAGAAUAUGCACGCGGGGGUGAAACCAUUCACAUGCACUGAAUGUGGGAAAAGCUUCACACAGAAGACAAACUUCCUGAGACACGGGAAGAGUCACAUGGUGGAGAGAACGUGUAUGAGGUGCAGUAAGAGCGUCACACAGAAGUGUUCCCAUGACGAUCAGGCUGAGGAGAAACCAUUCACCUGCACAGAGUGUGAGAAGAAAAUCAAUUAUAUGAAGGAGCUGCCGUACAAAUGCACAGAGUGUGGCGACAGCUUCUUUCACAACAGUCACCUGGUCAUUCACCGGAGAGUUCACGAAAGGGAGAAACUGUUCAAAUUGAAAAAGUGCGGGGAGACGUUCUCUAAUAGGAAACUGCUGGAGUAACACACGAGAAACUGCACUCUGCUAGUAGCACUGAGGGGCCUGGGGUCUGCGGGGAAACAGAGAGUGAAGGGGGAAAUGUGUUAUAGAACAACACACACUGGAGGCUGUAGAUGUGAAUCUAUUUAUGCAGCAAACAGUACAGCAGCCUUGUACAUAAAUCCAAAUAAAAUGAGUGAAUGUUAA